AUGAUUGAUGGCAAAAAACAUACUCGAGCCUACUCAAUAAACUCAUUACCCAAUGAUCUGUAUAUAAAAUUUACCAUUAAACGUGUAACAGAUGGACUGGUAUCAAAUUGGUUAAUUGACUCAUUGCAACUUGGCGAUAAUAUCCAACUUGAUAGUAUUGCUGGUGAAUUUAAUAUUAUCGAUCACCCUUAUAAAUCAUCAAUUGUUUUAUUCAGUGCUGGAUGUGGUGCGCCGCCCGUUAUGGCUAUGGCAAAAUACCUAUUACAACAAAUGGAUCAGCAUAAUCUGCCACCCGUAAAAAUUGAAUAUAUACACUGCGCUUAUGAUGAAGAAAAUAUAAUUUAUCAUCAAGAACUGAUAAAACUAGCACAACAUAAUCCGCUGUUUAACUAUCAUAUUAGUUUAAAACAGUUAUCCCCUGCACUUUCAGUUAGUAAUUAUUCAACAGGUCGAGUUAAUGCAGAUUUUUUACGCCAAAACUACCCUAACUUACAUGAAUCAACUAUCUUUUUAUGUGGUUCAACUCGCUUUAUGCAGGAAAUAAAACAAGCGCUUACCGAAUUAAACUUUGAUUUAUCGCAGUUUUAUUAUGAAAAUUUUACACCUGUAGAACAAGCGCCACAAAAUCAAGAUAUCAAUGCGACUGUUACCAUCACAGUACCUGAUUUUGGUAUUGAGCAAACAGCACAUAUUGAUGAUAAUUUACUUUCAGCAUUAGAAUCGGCUCAACUACCUAUUAUUGGAGCUUGUCGUGCCGGCGUUUGUGGUGCAUGUCGAUGUAAAGUGAUUAAGGGAGAAGUUGAAUCUUCAUUAAUGUUAGGUCUAAGCCAAGAAGACAUUGAUCAAGGUUAUCGCUUGGCCUGUGUGAGCAGCAUUAAAUCAGAUAUCGAAGUCUCAUUAAGUUAA